AUGAGUUUGGAAUUAUUAGCCAACGAAUUAUUAUUAAAUUUAUUCGAAUAUUUCAAUGGUUAUUAUCUUUUUCGUGCUUUUUAUAAUCUUAAUUCUCGUUUCAAUAAACUUCUCAUUGAAUAUUUUCGAAAUCAUAUAUUCGAUUUUCAUUAUUUAUCAAAACAAGAUUUUGAUUUGACUUGUCAAGAAUAUCUUCCAUUAAUUUCACAUCGAAUAGUUGGUCUUCAUCUUUCAAAUACAGAUGAAACACCAAAUCAAAUUGAUUUAUUUCUUGAAAAUGAUUUAAUUCUUGAUCAAUUUAUUUCUUUACGAUCAUUAUCAUUUCAUAAUGUUUCUUCGAAUGAAUUAUUAAUUAAAAUUAUUUUACAAUUUUGUUUUCUUCAUCAUUUAAUUUGUUUUCGUUUUCUUGAAUGUUAUUUUGAACAUUAUGAUAUAUCUCAUUAUGAUACUUUCAAAUCUCUUUGGUCUUUACCAAAACUGACUCAUUGUGUAUUAGACUUCCGAUUUCAACGUAAUGAUCGAAUAUUUUUACCAACAGUUGUAUCUCAAUCUAUAAAAUAUGUCUCAAUUCCGUAUAUUAAUUGGCAAUGGAAUGAUUUUAUCGAAUUAUUAGAAAAUACACCAAAUAUUCUUCAAUUAAAUAUUCAUUUACCUGAUUUUAUCAAUCCUAAACAAUUGAAAUCUCCUGUUCAGUUUAUCUCGGCCUUGGAGAUUCUCGUUUCUUAUUCAUCUAGUUUAUUGUUUAAUUUAUUAAAAAAUAUGCCAAAUUUAUUAUGUUUAAUUGUCAAAACUACGAAUAUUAUUAUCGAUGGUCAUCAAUGGAAAGAAAUAUUUGUCAAUUAUUUACGAAAAUUGAAAAUAUUUAGAUGUUUCAUGUGUUGUGGAUUGACUUAUAAUACUGAUAAAGAGAAAACAGUUGAUUCUUUACUUGAUUCAUAUCGUAAUUCAUAUUGGAUUGAAGAUCAUCAAUGGUUCAUUCGAUGUCAAUGGUCACCAAACGAUACUGAAAAUCAAAUAUCUCUUUAUACACUUCCUGAUCGUUCAGAUUAUUCAACCAUCAAGUUGUACUAUUCGUACCAAAUCAACAUGUUCAUUCGAAUAUGA